AUGUAUUCUCUUUUAUUUUUUUAUUUAUACUAUAGUUUUAUCGGAUUUUCUUGUAAAUUAGUUUCAAGCGCUGAUUUCACCUUGAAUUUGGACCAAAAGAGUUCCAAUGACCAAUUGCUAGUUAAUCAUACAUACCAUUAUGGCAUAGCUUCGAUAGAAUUCUUCACUCAGCCAGGCUACCACGCAGUUUCAGUGGUUCAGGGGAAGUUACCAGUGUGGACAGCGGCCCACGAUGAGCGAGUAGAUGAGGCAGUGCUUUACUUUGGAACAGAAGCACUUUCACUCUUAUAUUUAAACGUUACAGAAGGAGGAACUUCUAUGUAUAAAUACUUCGUCAAAGUUAAGGGGAAAUGGGCCGAAGUGCUCGAACCAGUGGCAAACUUCUUCGUCGACAUUGAUAGAACAGCAUACACGUCAGAUGAACUUGAUACCUUUGCAUUGGAUAUCAUGACAAAGUAUAACAGAGAUAUGCUUACACAACAUUUAUUAUUUCCUCAAUCGUACAACUUCGUUAUUGAACCUAUCGACUACUGCUCUCUAGAUAUUCAAAACCCAUCCAGAUACUCCAUCAUGAAACAGACCAUGAUUGGAGCUAUAUUUUCAUAUAUUUUUACACCGAAGAUCGACUUCGGGUUCAGUAAGGUGACUUAUGACGGCCACGUUUUAUGGUCUACUGACACGAAUCGCGUUUUGUGUUCUUCAGUGUGGACUUACUUCAAGGGCGAUUUUGACACUCUGAUUCUAGUAUCGCUGUACGACUUUGUAUCAAAAAAAGCUGCAUUCUUGCACUUUAAGAAGACAGACUCUUUAAUAGUUGCCAGCUCUGAACGUGACUUCCAGAGGCAAAUCGUUAAAAUGACGUCCGCCGAGUACGAUGAAAAGGAUAUUAAGAGUUACAUCAACGGUUAUCUUACAGAACGUGAUUUCGCCUUCAUUUUAUCCCCAAUACUUGCCAUUGUGGUUAUACUCACCGCAUUAAUAAUUACACACUAG